AUGAAGUUUGAAUUUGAAGACAUUAGUACAUCUCAACAAUACUGCCAAAUUGGAACACUUGUUCACAGCGCACUACUUUCGUGUGUUACGUUACCUAGUGACUUCCGAAAGCUUGGCAUUAUGGAUUUCCUUAAACGUUCAAAAUUUGAUAAGUUAAUCGAGAAGGCAACAAGUGAAAUGCUGAUAGAAUCAGACAUCGAGAGUACAAUAACAAUUUGUGACGUGGUGCGGAGCCAAGAGAUUUCGUAA